AUGGCGGAGGACCGGAGUGAUGUGAGUGAUUACAGUUCGGAGGACGAAGGAACCGAAGAUUACAGGCGUGGAGGCUACCAUGCGGUUCGGAUUGGUGAUACUUUCAAGAAUGGAUGCUAUGUGGUGCAGAGCAAGCUUGGUUGGGGUCAUUUUUCCACUGUUUGGCUCGCUUGGGACACUAACAAAUCGCGAUAUGUUGCCUUAAAAAUUCAGAAGAGUGCUCAGCAUUACACUGAAGCGGCAAUGGAUGAAAUAAAGAUUCUCAAACAAAUUGCUGACGGGGAUCCAGAUGACAAAAAAUGUGUCGUAAAGCUUUUAGAUCACUUUAAGCACUCAGGGCCAAAUGGCCAGCAUGUUUGUAUGGUUUUUGAAUUCCUUGGUGAUAACCUUCUCACCCUUAUCAAGUAUAGUGAUUACCGAGGGAUUUCCCUUCCCAUGGUCAAGCAAAUUUGUUUCCAUAUUUUGGUGGGUUUGGAUUACUUGCAUCGUGAGCUUUCUGUAAUACACACUGAUUUGAAGCCUGAGAAUGUCCUGCUUCUGUCUCCAAUAGAUCCAUCUAAGGAUCCUAGAAAAUCAGGUGUUCCACUUAUCCUUCCAAACACGAAGGAUAAGGCUGUGACAAAAAAUGGGAUAACAAUAGCCAAUAGGAGUUUGAAUGGAGAUCUGACCAAGAACCAGAAAAAGAAAUUGCGGAAAAAGGCUAAAAAGGCAGCCCAAGGCUGUGUUGGAAGGGAAAAUGCUGAGGAAGCUGAGGAGGAUUCCAAAGCACCUGAUGAGCAAGAUGAUUGUAUUAAUGAUGUGAAACCAAGUAUAGAAUCUGGUGUCAAUAAACCUAAUAGUCCUGUGAGUAAAGAUGAAUCAGCAAAGACUUCUGAAAAUAAGGAUAUUCCACAAGGAAGUCAAAGUCAUAGGAGAGGUAGCCGGUCUACAAGAAAGAAGUUGCUUGCAUCUGUCGAUCUUAAGUGCAAGCUGGUUGAUUUUGGUAAUGCUUGUUGGACAUAUAAACAAUUCACAAAUGAUAUUCAAACAAGGCAGUAUAGGUGUCCUGAAGUUCUUCUGGGAUCUAAAUACUCAACUCCGGCAGAUCUAUGGUCCUUUGCUUGCAUUUGCUUUGAGCUUGCCACUGGCGAUGUUCUUUUUGAUCCUCAUAGUGGUGACAACUAUGAUAGGGAUGAGGAUCAUCUAGCAUUGAUGAUGGAGCUUCUUGGGAUGAUGCCUCGCAAGAUUGCUCUUGGUGGGCGCUAUUCCCGAGAUUUUUUCAAUAGAUAUGGCGAUUUGAGACACAUCCAUCGAUUGCGUUUCUGGCCUCUUAAUAAGGUGAUGAUGGAGAAGUAUGAUUUCAGUGAACAAGAUGCAAGUAGCAUGGCUGACUUCCUUCUUCCAUUACUUGAUUUUGUCCCUGAAAAGAGGCCAAAUGCUGCACAAUGCCUUCAGCAGCCAUGGUUCUGUGCAGGUCCCCGGACUCUUGAGCCCUCAGUGGCUACUGUGCAGCAUGCUGCAAUUGAGGGGGAAAUAUCUGAGAAGAUGCAGAGGGAAAAAGCUGAGCAGGAGGCUGUGGAAGUUGGUAUGGAGAAUAUGGCCAUAGAUGGAAAUCCAAAACAACUCUAA